AUGCUCAGUAGAAAGGGUUACAUUGGCCGCCAGCUGAGGCCGUCGCAGUUGGCGCGGGAGCUUCUGCCGGCGGACCAGACCUGGUGUGCCACUUGUCACGUGGCAGUCCUGAAGAAGAGCUGGAUGGAGCACCGCGGGUCGCGCAGCCAUCGCCUCGCGUCAAGGAAGUUGCAAAGGAUGAAGCACCUCUCCCUCGACAUGUGGGCGAACCACCGUGGUGCGCCGCUGCACGAAGAGAGCGCCCACGAGGGCAGUAUGGAGUCGGAGUUUGCGAGGUUCCGUGCCGAGCAGCGGCAGCGUGAGCGCAUAGCCCACUUUCCUUCGCAGUACUGA